CCUUUACUGAAAAUCCUGAAUCCAGUCCCCGCUCGCACGCUUAAUCCAAAUCUUGUAGCCGAAACUUCACCGCUGCCCCUUAAAGAAGCGCCGCCGGAAAUCUGCCCCAAACUAAAGGCAUGCUCGCGCGGCGGAAAUACGAAACCCUGCACUUAGUGCCACGGAGAUGCAUCUUUGCCUAAAUCUAAACUGAGAUCCAAUGUGCGAUCUUCUUUGAAAAAGCACCAAUGCGCCGCUAGGAGCACCGAUACGCUUACUUCGAGUUGGACUUUGGUACACAUAGAUCUACCCUUCACAUGUUCUUCUGUCCCAUUCCGCCUUUAGAGUCCGGCAAUCCAACAACUCCAACAUAUUGAAGGGGCAUGGCACCGAUUGAGAGGGACGGGACCCGGGAAGGAUCUACGUAUAGGACAUCUCAAAUUUUUGGAUCUGCCCCGGGACGGGACAGUCACAGUAAUAUGCUGGGAGGACAAAUUAAUGUAUAUACGUCGUAUAAUGUUUAAGCCCAUAAAUGUUAGCAGCGGUGGGCUUAAACAUAAGAAAGUAUGAAAUUUGAUGAAUUUAGAUAGACAGGAUUUCUGGAGCGGAUAAACAGGUAACCGUAAGAAUGUGUAGUCAAUUACGUAUGGAAGCCAGGGCAGAGCGCGAAUGCAUACUUCGACGGCCGAUAAUUUGAGGUUCCGGAGGUGAAGAAGAUUCAGAUUUUGCAGGGACAUGGAAACAUUAUUAGUCACAGUGUUGGUGGGGAAUGGCUGGGAUGAAAAGAAGGUAUUUCAAACUAAAUCCACGCACGGUAUGGUCGUUAGUUGUGCCACAACGUAUGAAGAACUGGUGUCUAAGCUGCGAGAUUUAUUAAGAGUGGAUAAAGAAGGCCUGAAUUUUCGAAACUGGAUCACAGGGAGAUUGAAGUGCAGAGUAGAGUGAAUGAGGGGACGAUUGUGGCUACAGAUGGUAUUAUCAGUGAUGACUUGUUUACUGGUAGUGAGCCUAACGAGAGCAUUAAUAUGGAGCUGCCAUUGUGUUCUGAUAGCACUUCAUAUGGACAUGCGCAAGGUGAUUUUUUAGGGGCAACACUACAAAUGAAUGCAAUAUACCCUUCAAAGGAAGAGUUUAAAGAGACACUACAAUUGUACGCGCUGAAGAAUAAAUUCCAGUACUAUACAAAAACAUCUCAUCCGGGAGUUUUACAUGUUGUGUGCGUUGGUCGUAAAUGCAAGUGGGCAGCUAGAGGUGUUAGGAUCAAAGACACAGAAUGCUUCAAAGUAAGAAGGUUUGAUGACGUCCAUACAUGCUCAGUUGAUUAUAGAUUAAAUGGGAGUCGUCAAGCAAGUGCUGCACUUAUUGGUAAGUUGGUGAAACAUCAGUAUAUGGAUGCCUCAAGAAAGCCAUAUCAGCCCAAAUGUAUAAUGGCAGACCUGAAACGCAGUUUAGGAGUGAUGAUGAAUUACCAAAAAGCUUGGAGGGGGAAAGAGUGUGCGCUUCGAGCAUUAACUGGAUCUGAUUUUGAGUCUUAUAGGAAGCUUCCGGGGCUGUGCUAUAUGCUACUAAAAAAAAUCCAGAAUCACAUAUAGCACUAGAGACAGACAAUGAGAAGAAUUUCAAAUAUUUCUUCAUGUCGUUGGCUGCAUGGCGGAAUGGGUGGCAGUGGUGUCGGCCGGUAAUAAUAGUUGAUGGCUCGUUCAUGAAAGCAACGUUUAGGGGAACACUUUUGACAGCAUGUGCUCUUGACGGAAAUAGACAGAUAUUUCCUAUUGGUUUCGGAGUGUGCGAUAGGGAAAACAAUGAUACGUGGAAAUGGUUCUUCACACAACUGAAACAAGCUAUUGGAGACAGGAAAGACUUGUGUGUUGUUUCUGAUAGGAAUGAGGGUAUAAUUAAUGCUGUUAAGCAAGUGUUUCCAUACGCAGACCAUGGGUAUUGUGUGCAGCAUAUUUUGGGAAAUAUAACCACUAAAUUCUGUGGCAAGAAAAAACGAGUAAUUGACCUGGUUAAUGCAGCGGCGAGGGCAUCAACGAGUAAAUUGUGUGAAUAUUUGUUGGGAUUACUAGAUGCUGAAGAUCCUAGAAUACGAACCUAUCUGGAAAAGAUUGGGAAAAAAAAUGGGCGAGGUCUGCAUUUAAGCGCCGAAAGUACUCAAUCGUGACCUCAAAUAAUGCUGAAUCCAUGAAUGCUAUGAAUCGAUUAGCUCGAGAGUAUCCCAUCUCUACUCUUAUAGAGUUUUUGAGAGAUAAAAUGCAAGAUUGGUUCUUUAAGAGGAGGACUUUGGCCAAUGAAACAACCACAACACUAACACCGGCUGCAGAAACAAUGCUAGUAGAGCGUCUCUUUAGUAGUCGUGGAAUGAUAGUGAAACCAAGUACGGGUUGCAGCGCAGAAGUAAUUGACUUGUCAUGUAAGGCAUUUGUGGUGAAUCUAGAGGAAAGGAGAUGCACUUGUAGAGAAUUUCAGUUGGAAGAUUUUGUGUGUGUUCAUGCGGUUGCUCUUAUAGGACACUUAAAUGGGCUAUCAUGUUAUGACUAUGUGUCAUGUUAUUACAAGACAAGCUCAUGGCGUGGGGCAUAUUCUGGAAUUGUUCAUCCCAUUGGGUCAUAUGAAGAUGAUGAAAUUCCAAAGGAGUACAGGAGGUGGGAGGUUAAACCUCCUCUAUGCAAAACAAGAACUGCCGGGAGGCCGAAGUCAAAGAGGAUUCGUUCUGUUGGUGAAUUUGGAUCAAGACAGAAGUGCUCAAGAUGCAAGCAACAUGGCCAUAACCAAAAGACUUGUAAUAACCCGAUCCCGCUAUAAGUGACGCGAGAAUAUGUUCCUACAUAUUUUUAAUUUUUUUUCCCUUUCAAAGAACGUGUUUUGUUUAGUGGGUUUUCAGAUUUCAUUUAUGCACUUGAACUAUGAAAUAGUUUUAUGAUGUAAUUUCGUACUUGUACUUGCCUCUGUUUCAGAUUUCAGAACACAGGAAGUUAAUGUUUCAUGCCAUACAAAUUAUUUAAGUAA